AUGGAGAAAAUUAAGAAAAACCCGCAAUGUUUUUCACAAUUAGUAUCAUUAACCAUCUUAACCAUUUAUCUCUUAGUAAUAAAUAAGGCUCAAGUAAAUGGUCAAGUAAUAAGUUCACCAUGCACAUCUUCAAUGGUAACCACCUUCACACCCUGCAUGAACUACAUUACCGGCAGCACAGCAAACGGGCGGUCGUCGCCGUCUAUGGAUUGCUGUGAUGCCUUGAAAUCAGUAAUGAGUAGCAGCAUGGACUGUGCUUGUGUCAUGUUAACUGGUGGUGUUCCUUUGCCUCAAAUUGUUAAUGCAACUCUUGCACUUGGACUUCCUAGGAUUUGUAGUAAAGUUGGUAUUCCACUUCAGUGCGAAGGUUCUGCAGUUCCUCUUCCGGCUCCAGGUCCCCUGCAGUUUGGAGUACCCCCCGCUCCUAGCUCGGCUUUUACUCCCCAAGCAUCUCAAACACUUGCCCCAGCUCCAGGUCCGGUCCAAGUUGUUACAACUCCCCCACCUAGCUCGGAAUUAAGUCCUCAAGCUUCCAAAUCAACGGUCUUCACACCGGAAUCUGAACCGGCAGCCCUAGAACAACCACCGGUUGUACCACCGUCCACAAUUGAAGCCGAAGCACCUUCGAGGAUUUCGAGGAUUCGACCGGUGACAAUACCAUCAUCAGCAUCAAAUGCAUCCAAAAUAUCCCUAACUACUAUUAGUAUUUGGGCAUUUUACAUGUUAGUCAAGCUGUAAAUGACCAGUUAAAAAUUGAACAUCAUGGUCAUAUGUUCUCUUGUUGUCUUGCACAACUUUUAAACAUCAAUUUCUUCUCUAGUAUUACCAUUUUCCAAUUUGGC